CCAACUUUCAUUCGACUUUUUCCUCUAGCGAGUGACGUUCCGUUCGCGCUAUAAAUACUUUGUCUUAUGUCCGAUAGAUGGCACAAUCGGAUUUAAUUUUAAAUACAACUUAUUAUUUUACUCCGUACAGGAUUAUUAAUUAAUAAGCAUAUAACAAGAUAAACAGAUUUUUUAAUUUAUUUUUGUGUAUGGAGGAACAACAUAUUUACCAAAAACCCAUUUUCCACCAAAUUUUUGAAUUUUAUUUUUGGCAGGUGCGCAUGCCCAGAUAACAUGGCUGCAAUGUAAAAUAACGUCUGUAUUACAAAUGGUGACAGCUUUGAUCAAUAUCAGCUGCCAUGACGUAAAAUUGUCUGUCACUCUCUUAGAGUACACCAAAUAUUUACCAAUGUGAAUAUAGUUUAUUAGGUGUUUUAAAACGAAAAUAAUCUUUCAAAAACGCGAAAUUAAAGAAAGUGUACUAACAGACAUGUUUUUGUGUUAAAAGUGAAAGACUCACGCAGGGGGCGUGUGUUCCAUGGUACUGGUGAAUGGUGUUGAUAAUGAAUAAUUCAAACGGGAAUCAAAAUACAGAACAAAUUGCAAUGGUCGUAGGUUCACCCGGUGGGAUGUCUGUUGCUUCUGAUGAUGACGACAACUGUCCGUCAUCACCAGGGUCAGCUUAUGAUGAAGGAUCCGAUCUUAUGGCUGCGGCCAUGGGAGAUGAAGUUACCGCACAACUUGCUGCUGCAGGGCCAGUUGGUGUAGCUGCAGCAGCUGCCAUUGUUUCAUCGAAAAAACGAAAGAGGCCACAUUCUUUUGAGACCAAUCCAUCGAUACGUAAGCGGCAACAAAAUAGACUGCUAAGGAAAUUACGACAAACAAUUGACGAAUUUGCAACUAGAGUUGGUCAACAAGCCAUAGUACUAGUAGCUACACCUGGAAAACCAAAUACUAGUUAUAAGGUCUUUGGGGCCAAACCUCUUGAAGACGUAAUUAAGAAUCUUAGGGGAAUGAUAAUGGACGAACUUGACACUGCGCUUGCAACUCAAGCGCCUCCACCAAUUCAAGAAGAUCCCACCCUUUUCGAACUACCUCCACUGAUCAUUGACGGAAUUCCAACACCUGUUGAAAAAAUGACGCAAGCACAGUUGCGAGCGUUUAUUCCUUUAAUGCUUAAAUACUCGACAGGAAGGGGAAAACCCGGUUGGGGCAGAGAAUCUACAAGACCACCGUGGUGGCCCAAAGAGUUGCCUUGGGCAAAUGUCAGAAUGGAUGCUAGAAGUGAGGAUGAAAAACAAAAGAUAUCUUGGACGCAUGCUCUCCGACAGAUUGUUAUAAACUGUUACAAGUUUCAUGGUAGAGAAGACCUCCUUCCCGCUUUUACAGAAGAAGAUGAGAAGGCCAACCAGGCGGCAACAGCAAACGCUAAUGUCAGUACAUCAGUAGGAGUAUUAAAAAUGCAUUCAUCGGGCAUGGUACCCACCCAUAAGAUUCAGAUCCAAGCUAACGGGUCGCCACAAAUUAUAGCAGCCUCACCCGAUGGCCUUUCAGGCUCAUCGACGCAGGUUUGCCUAGAUCCAAGCGGAUAUAGUUCCGACGUCGAUAUUACUACGCAGUAUACACCGGCAGUACUUCAUACUAUUACCAACCCAGAUGGCACAGUCAGUAUCGUACAAGUUGAUCCCAAUAACCCCAUCAUCACGUUACCAGACGGUACUACUGCCCAUGUCCAGGGAAUGGCAACGUUACAGUCUGCACAGGGUGAUGGAAACCAGGUUCACGCCAUCCAAACGAUUACAGAAGGUGGUGCCGCGGGUGAAGUAGUAGACCUUAAUUCUGUAACGGAAGCCACCUUGAAUUCCGAAGGGCAGAUUAUUUUGACAGCAGAAGAUGGACAUGUUAGCGGCGUCAUCACCGUACCUGUCACAGCGUACCACUCUAUGGUGGCCAAUAUCCAGGCUCUUCACGCGAGUAGUGAUGGUACUGUUUGUGUUGCUCCUGUUGUUCAAGUACCAAAAGUGGAACCCAAUUCAAGUGACAAUAUGGACACUUUAACAGUGACUCCCAACGGUAUUACCACCCAUUCAAUGAUGAUUCAAGGGUCGGCCGGUGAGGCUCCACAGGUACUUCAGGUUUUAUCUCUUAAGGAUGCAACAGUGUUGACGAAGGCAAUGCAAGGCUUGGCCGAUGUUAAAACCGAAGAAACUAUUAUAACGGACCAAUAGGUUUAAAUUUUAUAAAUUAAUUGUGUAUAUGUUUAGUAUCGCUUUUUGUUAAAGUUAUAACUAAAUGGGUAAAGCGUUUGGUUAUAACAAUAGUCCAGGGAAAUAAGGAUUUUCUCAGGGCCCUGAAUUAUCCUGGUAUCUGACAACUUUUUCAGUUAUUGUAAACAUGUAGGAAGAAAACCUACGUGUUUUCUGUCUAGAGUUCGAAGCCGUUUUUUAAUAAUUAACAAUUUAGUACAAAGAAACGCGAUUUUUUCGUUUUGUUGCACUCCAUUAAAAAGCUAAAUAGUUGAUAUAAAAUUACAAAAUUUGAUUUUUUAGAACAUUAAAAAAGCUUUCAAAAUGCCGAUUUUUGAAAGUUAAAAAACCAUUUUUUGCUUCGCAAACUGCAAAAUAAGUGAAAAUCGUUAUUUGUUAAUAACUUUUAAUUAAAACUAACGUAGAACUUUGGUGUAGACGAAGACGUUUUUUAUUGCAAAACAAAGGUCUCUGGGAUGAUUAAUGGAUGGGUCUCAAAUUUUAAGAGAUUUGUUAAGUACCUCAGUACCAAACGUUAGUUUUAAUAAAAGUUAUUAACAAAUUGACUUUUUAAAUUUUAAAAAUCAGCAUUUUUGUUAACUAUUUAGCUUUUUUAUGGGGCGCAAAAAAUCGAAAAAAUCGCGUUUUUUGCACUAAAUUGUUAAUAAUUGAAAAACGGCUUCGAACUCUAGACAGGAAACACGUAGGUUUUCUUCCUACAGGUUUACAAGAACUAAAAAAGUUGUCAGAUCCCUGGAUAAUUCAGUGUCCCGAACAUGGUCUAUUGUUUGCUUAUUUCCCUGGAGUCCUACAAUAUAAUAAGUCUCAUUGCUUUUUAUUGAGUUAUCAAGGAAUCCUGUUUUUUCGUUUUAGAAUUUAGUUUUUGUAGACACUUUAUAUAACUCAAUAAAUAGCAUAUAUGUAACUCAGAUAAAGAAAACAUCUGUAGAAUCAUGAAAUGGCAUUUUACACCAGUUUCGAGAAUGUUUAAUUAUUUUUUUUUUACAAAUCACGAAUUCACCUGUUUAUACCAAGUUCUAGAAUGUUAGAUUACUUUUUUCUUAGGUAUUUAUAAAAUACAGACGCUUAUUGACGUU